CCCGGAGCCUGGGCGGGGAGAGGGAGGAAAACUUCCUGGCCUGGGCUCUGUCCGCCAACCCUCCAAUCCCGCCUACCAGUGCCGGGCGCUUCCCCACCCCUCCCCCGGCUCCCCCAGUGUCCGCCAUGGCCAAAGCCUACGACCACCUCUUCAAGUUGCUGCUGAUCGGGGACUCUGGGGUGGGCAAGACUUGUCUGAUCAUUCGCUUUGCAGAGGACAACUUCAACAGCACUUACAUCUCCACCAUCGGAAUUGAUUUCAAGAUCCGCACUGUGGAUAUAGAGGGGAAGAAGAUCAAACUGCAAGUCUGGGACACAGCUGGCCAAGAGCGAUUCAAGACGAUAACUACUGCCUACUACCGCGGAGCCAUGGGCAUUAUCCUAGUAUAUGACAUCACAGACGAGAAGUCCUUUGAGAAUAUUCAGAACUGGAUGAAAAGCAUCAAAGAGAAUGCCUCUGCUGGGGUGGAGCGCCUCUUGCUGGGAAACAAGUGUGACAUGGAGGCCAAGAGGAAGGUGCAAAAGGAGCAGGCUGAUAAGUUGGCUCGAGAGCACGGAAUCCGAUUUUUUGAGACAAGUGCUAAAUCCAGUAUGAAUGUGGAUGAGGCUUUUAGUUCCCUGGCCCGGGACAUCUUGCUCAAGUCAGGAAGCCGGAGAUCAGGAAACGGCAACAUGCCUCCCAGCACUGACCUGAAAACCUGUGACAAGAAGAACACCAAGUGCUCCCUGGGCUGAGGACCCUUUCUUGCCUGCCCACCCUAAGCCUGGAAACUGAACCCGAGGGAGGCAGGGCGGAGGGGCUUGGUGGAAUAGAUGGGUAGAUGGUAAGGAGAAUGAGGAGAAAAUGGAGAAGACAAAAAUGAAAAGGAGGAAAGGAGAGGCAGAGAGGGCAGGGAAAGAAUUGAGGAAGUGAGAGAAGGUAAGGAGACAGGAAAAGAAGGGAGGAAAGGAAGUAAGGAUAGAGGGCCUCAGGCUUCAGACCUUCUCUGGGUUUUCAGGGCAAACAAAAAUGUAAAUACAUUGAUUUAUUCUGUAACUAGAUCAGGUUUUAGGGCCCUGUGAAAGGUUGGCUCAGCACCACUCUCUGAGGUUUUAUUCUGUCACUCUGCAUGGUCUUUCUUGGUAUUAAAGGCCACCAUUUGCA